AAUCUAUAAUAGCUUACAAGCAUUACAAUCAAGCGUCGGAGUAACUGUUAGCAAACUUCAAGGAAAUUAUACCGUUUAGAACAAAAAAAAAUAAUAAAAAAAAAAUAGUUGUAAGUGCGCAUAUAUAUGUAUGUAUACUUCACUUGCCGAAGAGCGGGAAUGGGAGCUUUUCAUGGAUGACAACAGUUCGUGUUUAAGCAUUCAGCCAGCUUAUCUGAACAAAGAGACUAGAUAUAUUAUGCAUAAAAACUUAUCGUGGCAACGACGAGCACUCCACAAAUCAAUGUAUAUACAUUUUUGUUAAAAUAGUAAAAAUGCGCAAGAGUAGCGCAGCCACAUAAUUUAGUUGUUACAAAUUAACCAGACGUUACGGAUGUGAUUCUAUGCGGGUAACUGUUACAAUUCGUCUUCUAUAUAAAGUAUUAGAAAAAAUAAAAGUCAUUUGAAAAAUUUAAACGCUUUUUUCCAUGCUAUUCGGGUUUUAUUAUACAAACAAGAUAAAAUUCCAAUCGAUAAAAGAGCAAAGAACUCAACUACAUUCACCCUUCAUAUCAUCUAUGCAAAAAGGAUAAGGCAACUUUUAGCAUCCAUCCUCUUUUUUUUCUAUCAUCACAAGUUAUCCUGUUAAUAUACAAACUUGACGCCUAGCCGAGCAUUGUUACUGCCAGGCAUCGUUGUUGUUAGCAUCCUACCUACGCACUGUUUUUUUUUUCCUUUUGUUUAAUUCUCCGGCAGCAAAUAUCAAGAAAGUUCUUCGAACCUUGUUUGUGUUUAUUGGCAUUUUAGGAAAAAAUGGUGGAUUUUCGUUUUGAUAUAAAACCGUUAUUUACACGGCCUAUCAUUAAAGUGACAUCAAAUUUAUUGCCACAUACUUUCCGUGGCGAUCGUCGGCAAUCCUUAGACGCAACAGCGAAAAUAUCGGAAAUAAUUGAUUCGCUAGGUUUGCUAUCAGCCAAAGCCCAGAAAUUAACUAAACCGGUAACAACAGCUCAACGCUUAAGAUCGUCGGAAAAUCAAGUUGUUUACAUUUUGGCUGACGUUGAUAAAGGCGUUGUACUAGGUCUAUUAAAAGUUGGCACCAAAGAUUUAUAUUUAUUCGAUGAGAUUGGUCAGACGCGGAAAAUUUCGAAUGCUCCAUCAAUUUUGGAUUUUUAUAUACACGAAUCCCGUCAACGAUCUGGUUUAGGCAAAGAACUUUUUGAGACUAUGUUAACUGAUGAGGGCUGGAAACCGAUCAAAUGCUCUGUGGAUAGGCCAUCCGAUAAAUUAUUAGGCUUCUUAAGGAAACAUUACGGUUUAGUUCGCACUAUACCGCAGGCAAAUAAUUUCGUUUUAUACGAGGGUUUCUUUGAUGAUAAACAGCAGCCAGAAAAUCAAGAUCAAAAUCAAAAUCAUCAACAUUAUCGAAAAAGUCAACAGCAAAGCAACGGCACUGCUGGCAUGCAUCUCACAAAUAGUCCUAAUACGCAAUUAUUCGGUGCUACUUAUCUGGGUGAUGAGCUUAAUAAGAAACGUUCGCGGCAAUUAGAAGCAAGCAAGUUAUCCGCACAAAUAACCCAAAUUGCGCCAGUCGGGCGUUACGGUGCCCGGCGACCAACCUGCAGUAUGGCUGAGAUAAUUCAUAAUGGCCCAUCAACAAAUCAAAAUACCACUGGCUCGGGGAGUCAAUCGACCAAAUCAAGCAUUGAUAAUAUAACUGAAAAUUUACAAAAUUUAAAUACUGAAGAAGAAGAGCAAACAAUUGAAAAGAUACCGACACCUUUAGCAUCUCCCCAACCGGAACCAGUAACAUCACCAUCAGUUGAUGUGGUCGAUAAAUCUGAAGAGAACGGCGAAACGGAACAUAAUAAUGAUGUAAUCGAUGUUCCACAUGACAACAAUGACGCUCAUAACGCUGACACCAAUGGUACGCAAGAAUCUCAUGUUAAUAGCCCAUCUAGUCAAGCAUCAAAAGUGGCUGCAGUAAUGGCCGAUGAUAAUAUAUCGCCGACCACACGUAAACCGCCAAUAUUUCAAUUAAGCAAACAACAUACUGGAAUGAAAAAUCGGUCAGUAGGGGUCGGUAUGGCUGUUACACCAUCAAAUAAAAUGGAAUUCGAUCAAGAAGAUCGUGAGGAAUUCGGUGUAUUAAAAAUAAAUCGUCCGAUUGGUCAUAAGCUCUCGCCAGAAAUCAAUCAAGAUCAACAACCGCUAGAAGAUGCUGCAUCUACGGUAUCCUCUACGGAGGGUCUAACUGAUCAGGGUUAUUAUGAUUUAAAAUUUUAUCACAAUAAAUUGUGGUAAAGUAUUUCUUUAAUUAGAUUUCAGAUUUGAGAAGAAUUUAUAGAAUUAUUUUUCCCUAUUUUGCACCCCUUGACGGUAUCAAAACCAUAGAAGUACACGUCUAAAAGUUGAGACAUUUGGGAAAAAGAACGCCAGAGAGAGAGAGAAAGAGAGAGAAAGAGAAAGAGAGAGAUCGAAUAGAAACUUAGUAGAUAUAUAUAUAUAUAUAUAUAUAUAUGUGUAGAAUAUAUCCACAAAUUAUACAUUCCAACCCCUACCUUGAUAAUCAAAAAUUUCGUUUACAGAUCUUUUUUCUCUGUCAAACCAUUGAAAUUAUUUUUUCCCAACGCUACUACAAUUUCAAUUAAAGCAAAGCCUUUUUCAAUUUGUUUAUGAAAAUUUCCUCAACGCCGCAAGCAUUUCUCAGCAAGAAUGAAUCUCAGUGACUAGAUAAAGGUUAAAAGUAUAUAAUGGGAUAUGUAUACGGUUUUUAGAAUAACUCAAUGACAGGCCAAAGUCAUAUUGGUUACUUAUAAAAAGAAAAGCUAUACACAGUUCGGACCGAAUAUUUUCAUACCAACUAUUAGCUUUAACUAAAAUUAUAGACAUUUAAAAUUAAGUUGUAAUAAUUAUAUCGAACAUAUAUCUCAUGCACUGUGGAUAAAAUACGAUAUUUUAAAUUGUACAACUGCUGUUGCCAACAGCAGUUAAUUUAGCAAUUAGACCAACAGUAUAUCGCAGUCCAAAUAUUUGUAACUACCCAGAAGGGCUUGAGAGAUAUCCGCCUUUUAUUACACCGAUCGAUUUGGAACCAUUUUCUUAAUCAUUUUCUA